AUGCGCGUGAAGAGCAUUGUCAUAGAUGGAUUCAAGUCGUAUGCCCACCGAAAGGUUAUUGAUGAUCUGAGUCCGCAUUUCAACGCCAUCACGGGUCUCAAUGGAAGCGGCAAGUCAAACAUAUUCGACGCAAUUUGCUUUGUGAUGGGCAUCACAAACCUCAAGCGUGUCAGGGCGGAGGACCCGCGUGAGCUUAUAUUCCGUGCCGGUACAACGGGUGUUCAUGCGGCGCGUGUGACAAUCGAAUUUAUCAACGAUGACCCUCGCACCGCACCACCGGGCUACAGUUGUGAGGAAUAUCCAACUAUUACUGUUGGGCGACAGAUCAAACUCGGCGGCAAGCAACAAUUUUUCUUGAACAAUACGGUGUCUGUGCAAAGCAAAGUCAAGCGCUUCUUUGAGAGUAUAAGCCUUAAUGUGGACAAUCCACAUUUUAUGGUGCUUCAGGGAACCGUGCACAAACUCAUUGGCAUGCGGUCAGAGGACAUCCUUUCUCUUAUCGAAGAGGCUGUGGGGACAAAAGCAUUUGAUCACCGUCGCCGAACGGCUGAGAGUUUGAUACGAAGUAAGGAGAAAAAGAUGGAGGAAAUAGAUGCCAACCUAGAGACCCAAAUAGGCCCUAUGCUCCGCGCAAUGAAAGCGGACCAGGAGGAGUAUGAGCGGUAUGUGCAAUUGAGUGAGGGUAUUGAGGAGAUGCGGAAGUUUCGUAUAGCUUUUGAGUACGAGGAGCACAGGAAGCGGCGAGGGGAGUUGAGUACCCGCCGGACGUCACUACUGUCCGACACAGCAGCGGCUAAGGAGCAGUUGCGAAGUUUUCCCUCCGUUGAGGAUGAGACAACACAGCGCUUGAUGCAGUUGCAGUCAACUCUUGCAGCUCCCGCCGAGGCUGCCAUGGCGCUACAUGAAGAGGAGAGUACUUUGAAGUUGCAGUUGGCUCGUGAGGAGGCACAGUUGGAAAGGUUAGAUAAGGUCCUGAAGAAGCUAGCUGAUGCGUCCCGGAAGCUCGAAGAGGAAAAACAGCAGCAGAAGAGUCGCGCGCAGCAGUUUGAGGCGUAUCAAGAGCAACGGGAGAAGCUGAUUCGAAACAUUCACGAGCAGAAAGAAAACAUCGCCAAAUUGAAGCGGUCGCUGCAGUUAAACGGUUCGGGUGUUCGGGCCGGCGCGUCUGGCAUGUCCCUGGAGGAGGAGAGGGCUGAUAUUGAACGACAGGUCAUUAAAAGUAGUGCAGAAGCGCGGCGGCGAGAGGAGCGUAUCAGGGAAUUGGAACACCAACAGAAAUCUGUGGCCGAGAAGUCAGAGGCCCGCGAGAGGACGGUUAUCAGGCUUAGAAAUGAGCUGAGGUCUGCGCAGGACUGUCUUGACUCUGUCACCAAACGGUAUAUCAAUGUCAAGCCACUGGAAGAACAGGCACGUGCCCUCCAAGAGGAGGUUGCACGCCUGAAGGCAGAGCACUGGAAGGCCAAUGAUGCGAUGCUACGCGAGUCGGCUCAAGGUGGCGGUUCAGGUGGGCGUGGCCUUGAUCUGGAAUACGACCGGCGUGCUUGCGCCGGUAUUGAGCAGUACAUUUGGGGCCGCGUCGUGGAGCUUGUCUCACCUCAGGAGGAAAAAUACGCAAUAGCCCUAACAGUAGGUGCACAGUCACAACUGAUGCGUGUGGUUGUCACGAGCGACAUUGUCGCCGAGCGGAUUAUACGCCAUGGACUGCGCCAGCGUACAGCCUUUCUCCCACUCAACACACUUACGCAGCCGAAAAGCAUAAGCGACUCCCAACUGGAGGAAGCUAAGCGAAUGGCCAAUCGCAUGAAUGGCUUCGUUGCUGUCGCAAAGGACCUUACUGUUGUCAAGGAUGAGGCGCAUCGUGUCAUCGCCGAUUAUGUUUUUGGCAAUUUUUUUAUUUGUUCCACGUUGGAGCUGGCGCAAGAGCUUGCAUAUGGCUCUGCUGUGCGCUGCAAGGCUGUGACGCUUGACGGUGAGGUAGUAGAGCCCAAGGGGCUCAUGACGGGUGGGUCAAAAAAACAUAUACGCAACGUAUUUGCCGAUGUUCUUAUUUAUAAAAAGCGUAAGGCCCCAGUAGAGGCGCUACGGGUGACGAUGGAGAAGCGUGAAAAAGAACUUGAAGGCUUACACGCUCAACUUAGGGAACAUAGGUCACUGAUUCAGGAGCAUGCGAAGGCGGAGGAGGCGGUAAGCAUAGCCACCCAUAAGCUCCAGCUUGUGGAAAACGAAGAAGAGGGACUAUCGAAAGAGCUGCAGGCUUCACUUAAGGAGGAGCGACAAAAGUAUGAGGCACUCACAACGAUGCUAAACGAUCUUCAGGAACGCAGAGCUCGUUUGGAGAAGUAUGCGAAUCUAGACUCCGACAAGGUACGCAAGGAUCUGCAAGAGCAGCUGAGUGCAGCGCAAAAGCGGUGCGCAGCCCUUGUGCAUGAGGAAGAAUCAGGGUCUGCGGAGUUCGAGCGAGUGGAAGCGGAAAUGACGCAAACUGCAGCGGAUAUCGAGCAGAAACUGGUGGAGGUGCACGAGCAGAUACAUCAACAGACGAAGGCUCGUGAUGAGGCUUCGAAGAGCUUCGAAAGCACGAGUAAGUCACUACAGGAGGUUGUGGACAAGAGAUGUAGGGCGGAGGAGCAACGUCAGAACAUUGAGAAGGAAAUCGAAGAGACCCAGCAGGAGCUUCAGCAACUGGUGGUGAAGAAGGCGUCACUGGAGGGAUUUGUGAAAAAUGCGGAGGUGGACGUACGUGAAAUCUCAAAGUCAUUGGAAGAGUUGCAGAAGCUCAUAUCCGAGGCUGAGAGGCGCAAUACCUGGAUUGAGGAGAAGCAACACUUGUUUGGCCCCCGUGACGGACCAUUUUACUUUGAGGACCGGGAACGAACGCAGGAAACGUUGGCGGAGUUGCGCGAGGCCGAGGUUAAUGCCUCGACCAUGUCCAAGCGACUAAACAAGAAAGCACUGAUCCUCUAUGAAGAACGCAAGAAGGAAUACGAUGAGCUUGUGCAACAGCGGUCGGUGCUGGGUGAGGACAGAGACGCUAUCCAGCAAUGCAUACUCGGCAUUGAGGACAAGAAGUGGCGGGCUCUUGAUCGCAUGGUGGAGGUUGUUAGCAACGUGUUUUCAAAGUUGUUUUCUACGUGCUUACCUGGCGCUGCAGCGGUGCUUCGGGAGGAGAGGAACGAGCACGGUCACCUUUCUGGUCUUCAGGUUAAGGUCUUGUUCAAUGGAAAGGAGCGGGAGUCACUCUCAGAAUUGAGUGGUGGCCAACGUUCUCUUCUUGCUUUGUGUCUCAUUUUAGCGAUCCUACGUGUGCGUCAAGCACCAAUGUACAUCCUUGAUGAGGUGGAUGCCGCACUUGACCCAAGUCAUACACAGGGGAUCGGUAAUAUGCUACAGAAACACUUCCCUUCUUCUCAAUUUCUGCUUGUGUCCCUAAAAGAUGGGAUGUUCAGUAAUGCAGACGUGCUCUAUCAAGUGAGUAAUACACAGGGGUACUCAGAGAUUACUCGUAUUCAGUCAAAUAGAAGUCGUUAG